AUGGGUAUGCGGGCGCUGUGUGAAAACCACCGUGGCACCAGCCUGGUAGCUGCGGCAUGGAAGGUGCUCUCUGGCUUCAUCCUUCGAAGGACCAGAGAAGGCUCAUUAUCAGUCUCUAAUGCUUGUGGGGUCGAAGUGCUCCCCGGGCCUCCGCUCACAGACAUAGAGUACGCAGACCACAUAACUCUUCUGGGAUCUUACCCCGUCGUGAUGCGAACAAUAUCAAAUAAUCUGAAUAAUUCUACCUCGCGGUUCGGCAUGCGCUUCACACCUGCAAGAUGGCCAAAGCAUGGGGCACUAGAGCGGGUCAGCAGCAGAUUGGUGAAUCAGCGGGGUCCCACACGUCCCGCUGCUCCACAAACUCGAGUCUUACGGGAUUCAAGGGAAAAUCCUUCGCUGGAUCAAGGCGUUCCUAUCAGGCAGAUCAUUCCGAGUGAGAAUAGGCUCGACCUACUCUUCUCCAGCGCCGGUCUCCAUUGGAGUUCCUCAAGGCUCCGUCUUGGGACCACUCCUGUUUCUGAUCUACGUCAACGACCUCCCAGACGUUCUUGCGAGUCCAUGUUUACUUUUGCGGACGACUUGAAAUCCUGGAGUUCCAAUGCCAGUGCUCUCCAAAUGGAUGUAGACGCUGCCAAGCAGUGGUCGUUGGACUGGCACCUUCCUCUGAAUGAUGAAAAGUGCGUCCAUGUGUCGUUUGGAGGGGAUUCAGCGAAUGCCUUUGUUAUGCAUGGUGAAAAGGGACCAGAAAACCUCAUGCGGAUAGAUGCCAAAGUGGAUUUGGGCAUCUGGGUCUCCUCAAACUUCUCACUGCACCAUGAGAAAUCGGCCCAAAAUGCAUUCACCAUUUUACGAAUGAUGCGACGCAAAUUCUCCCGCAUUACUCGUGUGGACUUCCAAACACUCUAUGGGGCCUACGUCAGACCGCUCCUGGAGUACGCCAACCAAGUUGUCUACUCAGGACGUACGAAAGACGUUACCCUCAUUGAGCGUGUCCAGCGGGCCGCCACGAGAAUGGUUGCCGGCCUCAAGUCCGUGGACUACGAAACGCGUCUCGCGAUGCUUGAUCUCUUUCCCCUAGAGUACCGUCGCCUCCGAGGAGACCUAAUUCUCACUUACGCCCUGUUUGAACAAAGCUUGGCAAACAGGUUUUUUACCGUUGACCCAAAAAACACCCGGCGGGGACAUAGUGAACGACAGCCACUGACCGACAAGAACAAAACCGACCCGGGAAACUUGGGCAAAAGCCUCGAUCCUGUGUAUCAAUCCGUGAAUCCGUGA